AUGUAUCAUAAUGAUCAAAAUGUAUGAACGCGAUCGACGCUAUUUUCAAGAAAGACAUACAUAAACGUUGAAACUUUUAUUAAGGUUUUGGUCAAUUCAUGUGCAAUGAUUUAAUGCAUAAGCAGUUGGAUCUAAAUCAGUAUUAAAUGAAUUAAAUAAAUUAAUACAAUAUAUAUAUAAAUAAAUAUAAUAAUAUUAAUAAUAUUAAUAAUAAUAAAUAAAUACAAUAAUAUUAAUAAUAUUAAUAAUAAUAAAUAAAUAUAAUAAUAUUAAUAAUAAUAAAUAAAUAUAAUAAUAUUAAUAAAUAAUAAUGUUAUUAAAUAAUAAAUAUUAUAAAAUAAUAAUAACAUUUUACUACAGUCCAAUGAUAAGUAAGAAAUAAUUUGGAUAGGUUUUAAAAAGGAUCGAAAUUAACCUGAAUCCAUGAUACAACGAUGCUGCCAAAUAUUACGUAAUCGUGCAAUUACGUGUAAUCGUCGUAGCAUGAACCGUUUAAAUAAGAGUCAAGGUCUCUUGACCAGCGAAAAUUAAUUAUUCCAGUGGAACAGAUGAGAAUUAACAUUAUUCGCCAAUUAAUUUGUAUCAGAUCCGUUAGCAUAAUGGCUUCGAUCCGUUUAAGAAUAUCUCGGUCUGAUUUGGCUGGCAUUCGUGUCCCACUUUAUCGUUUUCUGAAAAUAAAAUUAGUAGUACCAAAUGCGUUGGUUUCGUGGCCACGCCGAGGCGCCAAGACUUUUAAGCUUAAGCCCCCUUCAAGUUGACGAAGACCUUGACGGAGCGUCUUACCACUUUCAUGCCGCGUCUCAGUACAGAGACUUGUCUCCGGUGCGAUGGGCUCGCCGGAAGUCGUCGAGCUCCGAGUCGGAGCGCAACUGUUACAACGUGCAGACGUCGCAAGUGACCACCGAGCGGAGUCCCGCGAAGAAGAACAAGAAACGAAUCCAAAAGGAGAGGCGAGUCUGCGAGAAACGGAACCCGCUUCUGGAUCGCGUGAAGAACACGAGACUGAGCUUCUUCAAGGACCGCGACUCCGACGACGAGGGCAAAGAAGAUGACGAGGAUCCCGACAAGCCGCAGUUUCGCUCCAUGUGCGAGUUGAACGAACGUGGGCUGAUGAGAAACGAAUUUCGUCGGUCGGUCUGCGAGUCAGACUUGAAGGAGAUCAUCGAGGAAGAAAAAAUCCAAGCGAAGAGGAAACGACGUUCGAAGUCGCAGAGCAGGCUGCCUCAUCGAAGGCUGCCUCAGCAAGAGGAACGUUUCUCUUUCCUAGGUUUCCGGCCGUCCGCUGGCCAAAGAGUGAUGGACUUGCCCAAGGACGUGAUCGAGGAGACCAUUGACCAACAGAAUCGCAAGUGGCGAAAGGACCAUCAAACGCCUAGACGAUCGAUGGAUCACGUUCUGGAAGGUACCGCGGAGCCAGCUUUCAAAGACGGUUCCCAGUUCGACAGCAUAACACCAUCCAGCUGUUUGGCUGCGAAGUUCCGAGCGAUGCAGGACAGAUACCUGAAGAGCUCUACCAGCAAGAUAAUAGCGAAGAUUUACAAGAAAGAGGGCAAGGACAGGGAGAAACGGAGACUGAGAAGCUUCUCGUACGGUGCUCUGCCGGGCCUCGAGGAGCUCCGAACGAAUCCCCUUUACGAGGAACAAGAUCAGGACGACAACGACUCUGGCAUCCUGGACAACGACUCCGCGACCAGCUCUCUGCUCGACGACAGGUGCAGCAGCAGCGCUUCUGGCUUGUUGAAUGGCCCCAACGACUCGUCCCUGAACUGUCCGCCCCAGUUACCACCGAGGAAACCUUCCUCGUCCGUUGUCGACGUAGAAAGAACCGCGAGAUUGUUCUCCAGUCUGGACAUCUACUGUAGCAGAAACGAGGGCAGAGGAUGCAGGAAGAACGCGUUCAGAUUGAACGCCCUCGACGAUUCUUCGAGUCGGAUCUGUCAAGCGGCGAACAACGAGCUGAUUGAUCGGCGAGAUCGCGGUGGUUCCAAGUUUGGCGAGGAGGAGAAAGCAGCUGUUAUCGAGAGGGUGGACGACAAAGAUUCGCUGGGAUCGGAGAGCCAUCAGGGUGGUAGGCUUCCAGUGAUUAGGAGCAGACCUUACACCACGGAGACUAUGGUCGUGAAACUUCCUAGGGAGUGUUCCGACCAGUGUCUCGGCAUUUUCAUCGCGAAAACGGCAGAAUCUAGCCCUGGUUAUUUGGUGGCUCACGUGGUGCCCAAUGGUCUGGCCGAUAAGGAAGGGACCUUGAGGAUAGGCGACGAGAUUCUGAUAGUUAACGGCAAGAGACUGCGAGGAUUGAGCAUGGCCGAGGCUAGGAAGAUCCUUGGAAGUGGCAACGCGCCUGGCGACGUGGACAUCGUCGUCUCGAGGUACACCGCCGUCGACCAGUCUUCGCCGAAGAAGCUGACGGAGAGCAGCGUGGACUACGAGAACGUUCACGUGGAGAAUGGCCACGGUGUUGUAAUGGAGAAUUCGCCCGGUACGCACUUCAGGAAGCAUCAGACGAAGCUUCAUCAGAGAGAUAGAAGAAACGAGUGCAACAAGUCCACCUCCUCGGACAAGGUGAACGCAAGCGUGAACAAUAACGGGUCGCAGAGCGUUUCGAAUUUCUGCACGCUACCAAGAAGGCCCAGGAACACCGUUUCGACGUUUUUAACGGUGGUGUUUCAGAAAGGUCCUGGGAAGAAGUCGCUGGGAUUCACUAUCGUGGGCGGAAGCGACAGUCCCAAGGGAAGCAUCGGUAUCUUUAUAAAAUCGGUAUUGCCGGGAGGGCAAGCCGCGGAAGAUGGCCGUUUGCGCGCAGGUGACGAGAUAUUGGCAGUGAAUGGCCACGUCUGUCACGACUUGACCCACCGAAAAGCCGUUCAGCUAUUUCGUAACAUCAAAACUGGACCGGUUGCCUUGCAUCUUUGUAGACGCGUUAAAAACAAGGAACUACAGGCAACGAAGGCUAAGUCGUGCGCAGACCUUUUGCUCGUCGACGCGUGAAGAGAAGCUGUACGAGACGAGAUUGUGAAAACGAGAAAGAGACACAAUCCGCGACCGCUGUAAAAAUGAAUUCCUGUACAUAUUUGUAAAUUUGUAAAGUAUCUUGCAAAUAAAAAUUAUUAUUUAAUAAUCGUUGAGAAAUUACUUCGUCGAUCGUUGUAUGUAUUUACGCAAAACACAUCCUCAAGCACCUUAAAAUUACGACCUCUUUAUUGUUCUCUAUAAUACUAAUACUAAUAAUAAU